AUGAGACUCUUCUUCCUCCUUCUCCUGCUCCCGCAUUUGGCACUCUCAUUCGAGACCCCCUCGAUUUUCCCUCGAGCUCCAACUGUUCCCAAUGCAUCAAAAUUCGCCUGCAAAUGCGUACCAGGAGAUCAGUGCUGGCCUUCAGAAAAAGAAUGGAAAGCUUUCAACCUCACGAUUGGAGGGAGAUUGAGAAAGGCAGUUCCGGCUGCUGCGGUUUGUUAUAAUGAGUUUGAGGGCAAGUCUUACUAUGACAAAGCGGCUUGUGAUGAGUUGAUCCAGAAUUGGACAGUUCAAGAAGCUAUGUGAGUUGAUACAAUAUUUCGAUUUCUGUUACAGUAACAACGAGCAACCAUGUCAGUUCGGAAACAGUACUCAUAAAUACCCAGUAUAGAAACGACAUUAAACCCAAUCCGUCCCUACUACUCCAACAUGACCUGCUGGCCAACCACCAACCCCAACGAAACCUGCACAAUCGGUUACCUCUCCUCAUUCUAUAUCCCCACAACCACAGCCACAGCUCCAACCGACCUCUCUUUGGCCAUAAAUUUCGCUCGUCACAAGAAUAUCCGUUUUCUCGUCAGAAACACUGGCCAUGACUUCAUGGGCAGGAGCGUGGGAUAUGGAAGUUUGGCUGUGAAUACACAUGAGCUAAAGACAGUCGACUUUGCAAAGCGUUAUAAGGGACCUGGUAAGUAUGAUGGAUCAGCUGUUACCGUGGGAGCUGGGGUUCAGGGUGCUGAGCUCUAUGCGUUGGCUUUCAAGCAGGAGCCGAAGGUUGUGGUUGUUGGGGGAGAGUGUCCGGUAAGCCCCUCGGAGUUACGAGAUCCAAAUGUUGGAAUUUUAGCAAACUAGAGCUAACGAUCGUGAAAUAGACAGUGGGAUACGCAGGUGGAUACCUCCAGGGAGGAGGCCAUGGUCCGCUUGCAACUAUAUAUGGCAUGGGAGCAGACCAAGUUCUGUCCUUCGAUGUUGUGACAGCGACAGGCGAUCUUGUGACAGCGAAUGCUAAUAGUCAUUCUGAUCUUUACUGGGCGUUGAAAGGUGGUGGUCCCUCAACCUAUGCGAUUGCAUAUCGAAUGACUGUCAAAACACCACCGGAAGUUCCUUGCGCUGGGAUGAUCAUCAAUAUUAAUUCAACUCAUACGAAUGACUCCGCUCUAUUUUGGAAGGCGGUAGAAGCUUUCCAUGGCCUCUCAAACCUUUAUGUCGACAAUGGGAUGUUUGUUUAG